GAAGGCGCCAGUGGCAGUGUCGUAUUCGGUUCGGGAGAGCGUCUGAGGCGGGUGCGCGGUGAGUGAGCGGAGUUUCACGCCGCGCGCCACAGGGUGGGUUUCCAGAAAUGCCCACUUGGCUCCGGGGAAGGCGAUUUCUUCAAAAUGAUACCUAGAACGAGUGUUUCUGAGGCGGGAAAGCUACAAAAAAAAUUCUCCCACUAAUGUGUGAAGGUUCUUUGUAGCAGAGUAAUAAUAGGUGGGAAUUAAUGUUUGAAUUAAAGUCCAGUCCUGUGGAAAAAACCGUACUGAAGCGCUUUGUCUUGCAAAACGGAAAGAAGCGAGCUGCUUAAGAGUUUUUUUCCAUGUGGAUGGACAUCACCUGCGUCUUCCUACAGAAUUUUAAAUCACUUGCAUUGAUCUGUAAUUGCAAACAUGAGUGGCUCCAAACCUGAUAUUCUUUGGGCUCCACACCAUGUUGAUAGAUUUGUUGUAUGUGACUCAGAAUUGAGCCUCUAUCACAUUGAGUCUGCUGUGAGUUCAGAACUCAAAGCAGGGUCCUUGCGAUUAUCAGAAGAAACUACAGCUACAUUAUUGUCAAUAAAUUCAGACACGCCAUACAUGAAAUGUGUGGCUUGGUAUCCUAAAUAUGAUCCUGAAUGUCUUCUAGCCGUUGGACAAGCAAACGGUCGAGUUGUCCUUACCAGUCUGGGCCAGGAUCACAACUCAAAGUCCAAAGAGCUGAUAGGAAAAGAAUUUGUUCCAAAACAUGCACGGCAAUGUAAUACCUUAGCGUGGAAUCCAUUGGACAGCAAUUGGCUUGCUGCUGGCCUAGAUAAACAUCGGGCUGACUUUUCAGUAUUGAUCUGGGAUAUAAGUAGCAAAUACACUCCAGAGAGUGCAGUUGCCACAGAGAAAGUGAGACUUUCAGCUGGAGAUACUGAAGCUGGGCUGGUAGUGACAAAGCCGCUUUAUGAAUUGGGACAGAAUGAUGCUUGUCUUUCUCUUUGCUGGCUUCCACGGGACCAGAAACUUCUUUUAGCUGGAAUGCACCGAAACUUGGCUAUCUUUGACCUUAGAAAUACAAGCCAAAAAAUGUUUGUAAAUACCAAGGCAGUUCAGGGAGUGACUGUAGACCCAUACUUCCAUGAUCGUGUGGCUUCCUUCUAUGAAGGUCAGGUUGCCAUAUGGGAUCUCAGAAAAUUUGAAAAGCCUGUUUUGACCCUGACAGAGCAACCAAAGCCCCUAACAAAAGUAGCUUGGUGUCCAACAAGAACUGGACUGCUAGCUACUUUAACUAGGGAUAGUAAUAUUAUUAGAUUGUAUGAUAUGCAGCAUACUCCCACACCUAUUGGAGAUGAAACUGAACCUACAAUAAUUGAACGAAGUGUGCAACCAUGUGAAAAUUAUAUUGCUUCCUUUGCAUGGCAUCCCACAAGUCAAAAUCGAAUGGUAGUUGUGACUCCCAACAGAACUAUGUCUGACUUCACAGUUUUUGAAAGGAUUUCUCUGGCAUGGAGUCCAGUUACAUCUCUUAUGUGGGCUUGUGGCCGACACUUGUACGAAUGCACAGAGGAAGGAAAGGCUAGUUCCUUAGAAAAAGACAUAGCCACUAAAAUGCGUCUCAGGGCUUUAUCCAGGUAUGGCCUUGAUACUGAACAGGUCUGGAGAAACCAUCUUCUAGCUGGAAAUGAAGAUUCUCAGCUGAAGUCACUUUGGUACACUCUGCACUUUAUGAAACAGUAUACUGAAGAUAUGGAUCAGAAGCUUACAGGAAACAAAGGGUCCUUAGUUUAUGCAGGCAUUAAAUCAAUUGUGAAGUCAUCUUUGGGAACAACAGAGAAUUUGAGGCAUAGCAGGAGUGGGUCCGAUAGGCAGGCAGAUAUUAUUCAGUAUCUAAGUGAGGAGCGGUCAUUGGCCUUGCAGCUCUGUGGGUGGAUAAAGAAGGGAACAGAUCUAGACGUGGAACCCUUUCUAAAUUCUUUGGAACAAGAAGGAGACUGGGAGAGAGCUGCUGCUGUGGCACUUUUCAACUUGGACAUACGGCGAGCAAUACAGAUCCUAAAUAAAGGAGCUUCUUCUGAAAAAGGUGAUCUGAACCUCAAUGUAGUAGCAAUGGCUUUAUCAGGAUAUACAGAUGAGAAGAACUCCCUUUGGAGAGAAAUGUGCAGCACUCUAAGAUUACAACUAAACAACCCCUACUUGUGUGCCAUGUUUGCUUUUCUGACAAGUGAAUCUGGUUCGUAUGAUGGAGUUUUGUAUGAGAAUAAGGUAGCAGUACGAGACAGAGUGGCAUUUGCUUGUAAAUUCCUCAAUGAUGCACAGCUGAAUAGGUUCAUUGAAAAGCUGACAAAUGAAUUGAAAGAUGCUGGGAACUUGGAAGGAAUUCUGCUGACAGGACUGACAAAAGAUGGAGUGGACUUAAUGGAAAGUUACGUUGAUAGAACCGGAGAUGUCCAGACAGCAAGCUAUUGUAUGCUCCAGGGUUCUCCGUCCGACAUACUUAAGGAUGAGAGGGUUCAAUAUUGGAUUGAGAAUUACAGGAAUUUGUUGGAUGCUUGGAGGUUCUGGCAUAAACGAGCAGAAUUUGACAUCCAUAGGAGUAAGCUGGAUCCCAGUUCAAAACCUUUAGCACAGGUAUUUGUGAGUUGCAAUUUCUGUGGGAAAUCAAUCUCUUAUAGCUGUUCAGCCAUACCUCAUCAGGGCCGAGGUUUUAGUCAAUAUGGAGUAAGUGGCUCACCAACCAAGUCAAAGGUUACAAGUUGUCCUGGUUGUCGGAAACCCCUUCCUCGCUGUGCGCUUUGUCUAAUAAAUAUGGGGACUCCAGUUUCCAGCUGCCCUGGAGUAUCAAAGUCCGAUGAAAAGGUGGAUCUUAGCAAGGACAAGAAAUUAGCCCAGUUCAACAACUGGUUUACAUGGUGCCACAACUGCAGGCAUGGUGGUCAUGCUGGACACAUGCUCAGCUGGUUCAGGGAUCAUACUGAGUGUCCAGUUUCUGCGUGUUCAUGUAAAUGUAUGCAGCUGGAUACUACAGGGAAUCUCAUCCCAGCAGAGACUGUUCAGCCAUAAAACAGAGUUUCAAAAUGUGGGGCUAAUAGCUGUCCUUCACAGCCUAAAUACAUACCUCAAAACAAGCAACUCAUGAAUCACCCAUAGUGGAAAAAUAAAUCAUUCUGUUGGAUCAGCAGUUUUGGUGUGUGAAGUUUAUGUGCUUCACAGAGCCAGGUGUUGCUGGAAUGAACCUUUUUCAGUGUGCCAUGUGGACUAUAGUCAGUGUGUUGAAGCAGAUCCUUUUAGAAAUACUUCCACAGGCUUUGUUGAAAUUCAAAGCACCCUUCAAGAAGAAUUUUUUUUCAGAGUAACACUGAACAAUCCAUGAAUCCGCCAUCUGAAAUGAGCCAGUGUUAUAUACUGUUGUUAGUACGAGUUCUGGGCUUUCAAAAUAGAUAAUUGAAGACUGUUAUUGAGAAAAUCCCUGAGUUAUGCUGUAGCUUUCUGUUUUCAUUCAUCAUUGCUCAUUAUGUACAAAGGAUACUUUUACUUUAAAUGUUCUAAUAGCUGGACUCUUGAAAGAAUUUCAAUUUCCCUUACGGAUUUUUCUUGAAAGAAAAGUUGCGUUCAUGUAAUUUUUUUUUUCUGUAUUCACAUUUUGUUAAUACUAAGACUAUUUCAAGGUAAGUUUACUUGCAUAUCUUGCUGUUUUGAAUGUAAAAUCUUUAAGUUUUUUCUUAACAAGAAACAGUUUGAAGAAUUAUUUCAUAAAAAGUGGACUAUCAACUUCAAAACAGAAUACAAAUAAAUCCUGAUUUUUAUGAAGGACUCUGUGUGCAUCUAAAAUAUUAUCAAAACUGACAUUUUGUAAAAGUUAAUCAAAUUCAGUUGUCAAUUCAAAUUAUGAUUACUGGACCCAUAUAAAUUUCAGAUAACAUGAAGAUUUGAAUAUUCAGUGUUUAGAAAAUCCAGGUUUACCUGCUCUUGUGAAAUGCACUAAUUCAAAUUAUGCUACAGAUUACCAGUAGACGUUGGCCCUUCUCAUACAAUUGCACAAUUUUUAAAGUUUCUGGUCAAGAGCAGUUUCAUAACCUGUUGCUAGUCAGGAACAAAAUUCAUUAGUGGCGCACUGAGUGUCAUUUGGCCACACUAUACUUGGCUCUAGUGAGUGUUUAUUUGUCCUUGAUUUUUAUAAGCACCAAAUUUCUCACAGAAUUAGAAGAAACUGCUUUAAGGUGUGUGUAGGUGUAUGUGUGGUUUUUUAACUGGUGAAUAAAAAUUGAUAUUUAACACUCGUAUUGUCACUCAAUCCCCCCCCAAUGUUAAAAGAUGGAACACUAGCAAUAAAAUGGUAUCUUAUUGCCAGUAUUGUGAAAAAUUGGUCUUUAAAAAACAACAUACUGUAAGAUGCAACUGGUUACCAGUAUUCCAUUGUAUUGGCAAUAAAGUAGAAGCCAAAUGUAAAUUAUGUAUAUGAUGCCUCACCAUGGACUUUUUUUUCUGAUUAAACCUAUUGUUUUAAUAUAUUAAUUACUUUUCCCUACCCUAAAAUUGUUACCUAAUUGGUAGUCUUAUUUUUAAACUAAUUUGUAAAAGGUACUUGAUAUUUGAUUAUUUGUACAAAGGCUUGCUUGGAAGAGGGAAAGAUUUUUGUCUUAUUAGCAGCAAAUAUUUAUUUCUACCUACUCAAUUAUAUUUUGCACGCUUUGUUUGUAUGUUGUCAGGCAUUUCUGCCAAUCUGAAAUGUACUCCAUUAAUAAAUGUAAACUUGAACUUAAUGCAUAAGGUAUUGUUCUGAUGAUAUAGUGCAGGCAAUGUAAUAUUUAGGCUUCAGUUUCACAGGAAUCUGGAUUUUAGACUGUCAAUUUUUUAUUUUGAAUCCAUCAUAGUAGUAACAAUUCAUUGGUGGUUUGUUUGUUUUUGUUCCCCCCCCCCCCCUCUGGAAUAUUCAGUAUAAACAACAGCAUGAUUACUUAUUGUCAUCUUUCCCUCAUGUAAAAGUUCUCAUUUUGAAUUGUCAAAUCCUAUCAUCAUGAAACUAGAAGCUUAUUUUAUGGUUCUCUUCAUCUCUUUAAAUCAUAUGAGUUAAGAAUGUUUGUAUAUUCUGAUACAGCAUAAGCACAUGUAGUUAGUGCUCAAGCUUUCAGCCAAAUGCAUUAUAUUUUAACACCCUCAUUUCAGUACAGGACGAGAAGUGCAAUGUCUUCAUUUUAAUCUUGUUAAUCAUUAUCACUAUUUCUCCUGUGCUGGUUUUAAAAUAAAGUUGUGGUUUCUGUCUGUCUGA